AUGUCUAAAAUAUCUGGGAUAGGACAGAAAUUAUUCAGAUGGAAAAAGGCAGAAAAAAUACCCAAAAAGGAAUGGCCAGAGCUGGUAGGAAAGGUAUGGCUUAGAUUUUCUUUGUCGUGUUCAUAGGAGCACAACUGCACCGAAAAAUAUGCAGUUUCCUUUCAAGGCUCCAACCACCUAUAUCAUCUUUCUACAAAGGAUUUGGUUGCAUCAAAUAAACGGAUUUUUAACCUGAGAAGUCGGAAAGCAGUUGUAUCAAUGAUUGAUUGACCGUACAUGGGAAAUAAAAGUCUUCUAAAGCUGAGAGAAAUCGGAAAGCACUUCUAUCGACGAUUGAUUGACCGUUUAUAAUGAGAGAUAGAAAAAGUAUCGGACGGAUAGUAUCUUUUCGUAGUUGAACGCUCAACUUAUAUCCCGAUUAUUUCUUUGUAAUUCAAAAGAUUUUUUGUUAAUUUUAUACAACGAUCGUGAAUAUUCUUUAUACUGUAGCUAAUUUAAAUAUAUCUUCCCAGUGUUAAAUGUCAGGUGCGCUUGUGACGUCACUAAUUGAGACUUUAAGUGGUCAUUUACUUGUGCCAUUUUAUACUUCAUUACAGUUUGGUAAAAGUUAAAGAUAAUACUUGAAAAUAAUAAACAGAAUAAAUUGAAUAAUCUAAAAAUAUAUCAACCUUAAUCUAAAAAAAUGAAGCAUAAAAAGAUCUUAAAGAAACAAUAUCAAAGUAAAAAGUAUAAACAUUAGAAUAUUUGUGGGAUAAUGACUUUUAUUAUAUAAACGCCAAUGAAAUACCAGGUGACAUUUCGCGCGAAAACUUGAUAUCUUCACAUGUGAAAAUAACAUGUUAUCUUCACAUGUGAAAAAUAAUAUCACCGUUGCUAUGGCUUUAUAAUAAAUCGCUCCUUUCACACCAAAAAACUAUCAAAGUGAAAUGGUUUGGUAGUUCAUUGGUGUUUAUAUAAUAAAUAGAACAUAAUUACAUGGCCGAUUGGAGAUACGAAAUGUCUCUUCUCGUGUUAAAAAAAAUAUUUCACUCGUUCGCUGCGCUCACUUGCGAAAUAUUUUUCAACACUCGAAGAGAAAUUUCGUAUCUCCGCAAGGCCAUGUAAUAUCCUAUAUUUCUGAUCACAAGAAAAAUGAAAAUAAUUCUGAACAUCAGCAUGUGACUGUUAUGCAGGCUAAACAAACCUUGAGCGCUUACCAUUUGUAUGGAAAACCCGGUAAUUCCGGGGAGAAUUCAAAUGGAAUGGUUCAUCUCGAUGUAAGUUUUCCGGAUAAAAGCAACACCUUUCGAGGUACUACAUUUUUACCGAAAUGAUCAAAAUUUUUUGUAUCAUUUGUCUGGUUAACCAGUGCAGCCAGACUUCCUCUUGAGGUGGUAGGUGCAUUUUGUUUUAACCCAGGCCCAACCGUUAUUUGGUAUUUUGCAAAUGGUACAACUCUAACCCAUUCCUCUUUCAAAAACGUUUUAAAGUCCAGUACCAUUUGUCAGAAAUUUUUUACUGAAAUUUCCUUACAAAUGGUAAGCACUCCUUAAUCCAAUAAUAUUAAAAACAGUUUAUUAAUGCUAAAAAGCAAUCUUGUACCCAGAAUAUGUACUGGCUGUAAAGUGAUAACAUGCCAACCAAAAACCCUGAGGACUCUGGGAACAAAAUUGCUUAUAAGUGAAAAAAAAAUGGACAUAAAAAUAAAAAAUAAAUAAUUAUUAUUAUUAAUUCCACAACUAUAUACUUUUCUUCCCAGGGGGCUGAGGAAGCAACAACCAUAAUUGAUAAAGAACAUCCAGGAUUAAAAGUAAAUGUUAUUCAAUCAUGAAAUGACUGUAUUGCGUUGCAACACCAUAUUUCUUGCCAUGGGACUGGAAACUUAUAAGAAGUUGACCAGUGAGAUGCCUAUUUGUGGAAGGAUACUUUGUGACCAGAGGCUACCAUUUUUGAGGUUUUCACACCAGGAAAAUCUAGCCUUUGCUCACAGGGCAGAUUGGUAUGCAGUCACUAGAUUCAUGUGUUUAUGGGGUGAGAGGAUUGGGGUUAGGUCCCUUCCCUUCCCCCCAUGCCUCAACCUAACCCCAAUCUUCUCUCACCCCAGAAACACAUAAAUAGUGACUGGGUAUGAGUCCACUCACAGGGUGGUGGAAGAGAGGGGGCUUCAUAAAUUUACAAAUAAAUGCAAAAAAAGUAGGGUUUGGAUGUACAACUGAAGUUCUAUUUACAUAGUUCUGACCAGUUUCUGUCUAUCUCAAACAUUUCAAUUAAUUUUUGCAUGAAGUACAUCUCAUCAUCAUUAUCAGGGAAGGGGGCUUCUCUAGUUUUUGACCUUUUAGGGGGCUUAUUUAGUCUUUUUAUUUUGGAAGGGGGCUUAUCUAGUCAAGGCUUGGGGCUCAACCAAGAGGAAAUGUGGUAUAUGCAAAAAAAUAAUAAUAAUGAAAUAAUAAUAAUGAUAAUAAUAAUAAUAAUAAUAAAGAGCUAACUUAAAAAAUAUUCAAAAUAAAAAUUUUGAAAUGACAAAUGUGAAUCAUUCAUUAUCAAACUUAGUUGUGGGUUAUCAUAAUAAUAAUAAAGUUGGAGUCAUUUGGAAAAGAAUGUUGCAUGGAUAAGAAACUUACAGGAGAUUUUAAAUUUUGAUCCAUUCUUUUGCAGAUUCAAAUCAUUCCAGAAAACAGUGUUGUCAAACAGAAUUUUGAUGAAAGAAGAGUGAGGAUAAUUGUGGACAGAAAACAAACAGUGAUAAAAACUCCACAUAUAGGAUGA